ACGCGCUCACGCCUCCCAACCCUUAAAGAGACUUUUACGGAAGCCCAUUGGGUGCAAAAAUGAAACGGUCCACGCCUUGUACUCGCAUCAGUCAGCAUCGGUGAAUAGAAAGCUUUGUGCCCGACAUGAACAGGCGUCUGGGAGCCUGAUGCUGCUUUUAUUCACCCAGUGAAUGAGCCGCUUCAUUCCUGUGAAUCAGCGGGCUCAUGUUCUGCUCUUCGCCUGUCUGUGUGCACCAAUGAUGCGCUACUCCAACUGGCUCAUUGACGUGAAGAACAGGGCAAGCCUGAGAAAUGCGUGCAGGACAACCCCCGACACGGACUGGAUUAACAGUGUGCGGAACUACGGCGUGGAAACGCUGAACAACCUGCAGCCCAAUGAGAAAACGUCAGAGGCGCUGGUCACGAGCCACCUCUGGAGAAAAGGUUAUAAAAUAAUCAAGAAAAUUGGAGAGGGCACCUUUUCUGAGGUGCUGAAAACUCAGAACCUUAAAGAUGGAAAGUUUUAUGCGUGUAAAACCAUGAAGCAGACAAUUAACAGUCUGGAAAAGGCCAACAAUCUGCGGGAAGUCCAGGCAAUGAAGCGGCUCAGCCCUCACACCAACAUCAUCCAGCUGCAUGAGCUGAUAUAUGACAAAGGAACAGGAACGGUCUCUCUGAUAUGCGAACUGAUGGAGAUGAACAUCUAUGAGCUCAUUCAAGGUAGGACGGCUCAGGAAGACGCUUUCUGUCCUCCCUGGAGCUGGAUGUGCUUAGAGGAGGUUUGUGGCCCUGCAGGAAGGAGGACGCCUCUGCCUGACCAGACAGUGAAGAGCUACAUGUACCAGCUGUGCAGGUCCCUGGAGCACAUUCACAGGUGUGGGAUCUUCCAUCGAGAUGUAAAACCUGAAAAUAUUCUCAUCAAGCAAAACGUUUUGAAGCUGGGCGACUUUGGCUCGUGUCGCAGUGUGUACUCCAAGCCGCCGCACACUGAGUACAUCUCCACGCGUUGGUACCGGGCGCCGGAGUGCCUCCUGACCGACGGCUACUACACCCAGAAGAUGGACGUCUGGAGCGCCGGCUGCGUCUUCUUUGAGAUCCUGAGCCUGCACCCUCUCUUCCCUGGAGCCAACGAGUUGGACCAGGUGGCCAAGAUCCACAACGUGUUGGGGACGCCGGAUCAAAGUCUGCUGCAGAAGUUCAAACAGUCGAGAGCUAUGCAAUUCAACUUCCCUCCGAAGAAAGGAUCGGGCAUCUCGCGGCUGCUGCCCAGCUGCCCGGCGCCGGCCAUCUCUCUGCUUUAUCAGAUGUUGGCCUACGACCCGGACGAGCGCAUCUCCGCAGACACCGCCCUGAAGCACACCUACUUCAGGGAAAUCAGGAUGGGAGAGAAGAAAUCAGAGACGCUUCAGAGGAUCUCUGAGAAUGUGGACGGGAAGGGAAACAUCGUGAAGUUGGUGCACACCUGGCGACCGACCAAACUGGGCAAACAGCUGAGAGGAAGACACUCCAGACAGACGCCUCUAGUAAACCACAACCUGAAGCGAGCGGCAGACACCCAGAGCCGGAGGAACGCCCCCCACCCGGAGCAGCUGCCCAGACUCAACAUGGCCGCUCACGGACAUCAGUUUCCGUUCCCUUUCUCUGCUAUUCCUGCUUUUACCUUCAACCACAAGCCGACACUGCCGCCCAUCUCGCCAAAAAAGUGCCAGACACAGCCCGAGGAUGAGAUGCCUUGCAUAACCGUGAAGACCUUCUGCAUGCCACCUGUGGAGCGGAAAGAAGGAGAAACCUGAGCGCCAAAAUCCAGCCGAGUUUCAGAUUAAAAUCCGCCUGCUUGAACCGGACCGACCCGCAAAAUGGAGCCAAAACCCAGAGGAACUGCUACACAUCAAGCUGCCGUCUUCUCAGUUACUGCUGGGAUGGACGGCCAAAUGUGCCGCAAUUCAAUAAAUAAAUUAUUCAGUUAUUACAUUGCUGUGGAAAAGAAUUCCCUCCCCCUACAGAUUUCUUUUGUUUUUGCUCUUUUGUUAUAACAAGAAACCGGAAUAGUGUUUAAUGAUUAUUUCAUCCAUUAGAUAGAUAGAUAAAUAGCAUUUAUUGUCAUUAAACACAGGAUUCAACGAAAUUUCUGCCAUAAAUGCUCAAUAGAUAAAGGUUUUAAUAUUUUUUAGCAUUUUCUUCACCUACUGUAUUAGCCAUUUGUAAGUUCUUAGCACACCCAACAAUGUAAAGCCACUUUUGAUUAAAGUAUAAAUAUACGUGGUUCUGAGUGAAAAAGUGAUCAACCCCUUAAAACUAGCAGCUGUUAAGUGAUCAUGAUAAAAAUUAGUAUUUUACAUGACGGACGAGAAACAUCAAUCCAAUCUUUGCUGCAUUGUUUUAAAUUUGACACAUCAGAGUGCAGACUUUGACUAGGUCACUCCAAUAAAAUCAUGAAAUGUGGCUGAUCUCAGUUGAUUCACGGUUUAUUACUUUCUCUCAUUAUGCCGAGUUGGUUUGGAGAGAUUUUCUCCCUUUAAUGAAUAAUAUAAUCAUUUUAAAACUUUCCUGUUGAGCCUCAUCUGACUUUACAUUUUUACGAUUAUAAAAUACUCAAUUUAUAUUUAAUUGUUCUAAUAUUUAAAUUAAUUACAUGUUGAUAGUGAAUAAAGUAAUUUAAUAGUCAAAGAGCGAAACACAGUGUUAGAGAAGAGCUGAUUGGGAAUCUGCUGUGGAGCUCAACCAAUCAAAUCUCAGUAUUAGAUGACGUAUGUAGACGUCAGGCUACGUUCACAAAGCAGCAGAUUACGAAUCAAAUCCCUUUACUUUCUUGUGACGACGUUAUCGGCUGAACAUUUUUAGAAUGAUCGAUAGACGGCGGCGGCCAUUAUUACUUCCGUAAACAAAGCGCUGCUGUGUGACGUCAAUGUUCUAUUGCGCACGAGGGUCGCAAAACCGUCCACGCUGAAGUCUGCGGUCGCAUUUAAUUUGUAGCAUGGAUAAAGAAAAUCGGAAUUGAUCAGCACCUGCUGUGUGAACGCAGCCUAACAAACAAUGAUUAACUUAUUAACUUUAAUUGUAAUUAUUUUAUUUAUCAUUUUAAACUGAUCUGCUUUUGUAAUUGUUGUAUUGUGGCACUUUUGGCCCCUGAACCUGAACAUAUUACCAUAUAACCCCUUGUUUUGUCUUGUGAAACGUGGUCCAUAUUUUCAUGUGAUAUGUUUACAUCUCAGUAAUAUCUCACAAAUUAUUUUCAUUUUUUACCCAAUGAACAUUUUAGGUUUAAACUCGUGUCAGACGCCUGCUGGGAUUAUUCAUGGCUGGUUUGCAGCAAAAACUCCAAACUUGAGGGAGUUUGGAUAAUAACUGACUUCCUGUGUGGUGUGGAGCGUGAUGAGGAAAUCAGCAAUGCAAAUCAUUUUCCACACAAAUUGUUCGAGUAAAAUUACUUGCAGUGCCGUCAGAGUAUUCACACCCUUAAACUUCACCACAUUUUCCAUGGAUUUUGAUGAAAAACAAAGUGGAAAAAAUAUGAUGCAUCACUUUCAACUUGUAACAGUGAAACACGGUAGUGGCAGCAUGAUGCUGAGGGGAUGCGCAGACAGGAACACGUCGCAGUGGAUAGGAAAAUGAGCAGACCGAAUUCCAGGAUAAUCCUGGAGGGAAAAUAUUUGAGACAGACGUGCAUGCCGCACUUUUCAGAUUUUAUGGAUUAUUUACACUUUUGAUUAAAUAACAGAAUAUUAAUUAGGCAACUUCAGUUAAAUUUUCUUUAAAUUUUCCUUUGGAGUCAAAGUAUUUUGAAUUUAAUUUAUUAGUGAAAAAGUAAAAAGCUUUUCUUUUCCAGUUUUUGGCUGUUGUGCAACAAAAGGUGGAAAAGUUUGUUGGGUUUGAAAACGUUUGCAAGGCACUGCGAGCUGAUGAGAUAUAAACCGAAUAAAACUUUGAUUUUAUCAGCAA